UUUUUAAUAGUUUUUUACAGGCUGGUGGAUCAUCAUAGAUGCGGCSGUAAAAUACCCUGAAGUGGAAGAAUUCAACCAUUCGUAUCAUGCUUGUGGGGUUAUAGCCACUAUUGCCUUCCUGAUGAUCAACGCAGUGUCUAACGGACAAGUUCGGGGUGACAGUUACAGUGAAGGCUGUCUAGGACAAACAGGUGCUCGAAUUUGGCUAUUCAUUGGUUUUAUGAUGGCUUUUGGAUCUCUGAUUGCUUCCAUGUGGAUCCUUUUUGGAGGCUAUGUUGUCAAAGAAAAGGCAGUAGUAUACCCAGGAAUAGCUGUGUUUUUCCAGAAUGCGUUCAUCUUUUUCGGCGGACUGGUCUUCAAAUUUGGUCGCACGGAAGAUUUGUGGCAAUGAACACCCCUAUGGAAGUGUAUUGGCCGUGUCAUUUUUUUUAACUGCACACUCCCCAAAUUUUGUAAAACCGUUUUGUAAACAGUAACCUUCAAUUGUGUCUAAAGAUUAAAAAAGGAAAAUUUAAAUCAUAGCACUAAAAGUCAGUUUCUAUUCCAUUUUAAACACUUUUUUUUCUUGCAUUUGUAUCUUGAUUUAAAUGUUGUAAUGUUUUUGACAACUGUGAGAUUGAUACAAGUAAGAAUGGAAGUCACUUCUACGAUAAUCAAGUUUCCUACAAGUACAGUAUAGUGGAGAAAUGAUGUAUGCAGCCAGCUCUUUCUGUGAUGUUAUUUACAAUCCAAAACUGUUGCUAAAAUGCUUUAAAACAACUUUUUAACAUGUAUUUAUUAAAUAUUUCCUAUACCUGAACGCUAAACCUUCCUUCACUCUGAAAUUUACUUGUGCGGCUUUUCUUGCAUGACACACCAUUACGCGGCUUUGGGCUUCCUCCCCACACCUAGUAUUUUCUUUGGUGAAAAGUAACCAAAACUGUGGAAAGUAACAACUUCCUCUUGCCGUGGAUGACAUCGUAGAUGCAGUAAGAUGUAUGAUGUAGAACCUGCUCUAGAUUUAAGUAAUGCCUUCACAACGCGUGUUGUGCAAACUCUUAAUUUAACCACUGCAAAACAAGGGCUUAGUUUUACUCUUCAGCUGAUAGGUCCUUAUUAGGGGGAAUUUUGGUUCAAUUUUGGUUCUGAAGCUCUUGUAUCUCAUGGUUCAAGCAGCUAUUGCUGUCUACCUCUCUCUAUCCCUACGUUUGGGCUAGUUGCUGAAGGAAGUGCUGACGAAAGAGACGUGAUGGAGCGGAGGAAAGAGAGGGAACAAAAUAUUACUCCUCGAAAACACAACUACUAGAAAUCAUCGGCAGCCACUUGUGUUACAGAAGUUGUGUUCAGCUGGUUACUAGAAAGCAAAAUACUUAAGUGCCUAAGUUGAACUUGGAUUAGAAAAUGACAAAGUUGGUAGUGUGUUAACGUAAGAUAAUGCCAACAUAAAUGYGGACACGGAGGGAAUGAACAGAGGCCCUGUUUUGUGGCCUAGGACUGAGCUAUCUUCUUUGUAAGAAAUCUUCG